UUGCAUUUUUUUUAUAACAAAAGUUUUGUGAAAUUAUAUGAGAAAAAGUUUUUAAAUGCUAUAUAUAUAUAUACAAUUAUAAAAUUGUAAAUAUAAACAUGACGACAUUGCUGAGUUGACUAACCGGUAUUAUUUUCUGACCUAAAAUCGUAUAAAAGUUCGAUUAAAGUUGUUAAAAAAUAAGUUUUAUAAAAAAAAAAAUUAAUCGGCGACAGAAAUGUGCGGUAACUGGAAAUGGAGAUUUGUGACUUUAGCAAUAAUAUGGAUGAUAUGUGUGAAGGUGAAGUCGCAAUCAGGAACAAAUAUCUGCAUUAGCAGACAAACCUGUCACGAAUGUAUUCAAACGCAAUUCUGUGCCUGGUGUAUAAAACCUGAUUUGAAUGAGCGGCGAUGUUUCUACGCACCAGGGACAAAUAUAUCAAAAUUCUGCGAGGAAGAAUAUGUUUUUUAUCCAUCAAAUAUAUUCAGUAUAAUACAGAAUAGAAAUUUAAGUUCCGAAAUGCAAUAUUCAGAAUCAACAUAUACGGAAACAGAAACAUAUGAUUCGCAAUUUAAUGCGACUUGUUGCGGUGCCGGAAAACACGAUGCUGUUCAGAUAGCGCCUCAGGAAGUUAAUAUAAAAGUUAGAAUCAAUCAGGCGCAGAAAAUCAGAUUUGCAUUUUCCCAGGCUGAGGAUUAUCCAGUGGAUCUUUAUUAUCUUAUGGAUUUGAGUAAAUCAAUGGAGGAUGAUAAGGAAAAACUUUCCGAUUUGGGGGAUCUUCUUGUUAGGGAAAUGAGUAGUCUCACUAGCAAGUUUCGAUUAGGAUUCGGUAGUUUUGUUGAUAAAGUCGUAAUGCCCUAUGUGAGCGUCGUACCUCAGAAACUUCUCGAGCCAUGUUCAAAGUGUGCUGCUCCUUAUGGUUACAAACACAUCAUGUCACUUUCGGACGAUACAAGCCGAUUUUCCGGUUUGGUACGUAGCGCUUCGGUUUCGGGAAAUUUGGACGCACCAGAAGGAGGUUUCGACGCAAUAAUGCAGGCGAUUGUUUGUAAAGAUCAAAUUGGUUGGCGUGAUCGUGCCAGGAGACUUUUGGUUUUCUCGACAGAUGCAAGUUUCCAUUUUGCUGGCGAUGGAAAACUUGGUGGAAUUGUAAAGCCCAACGAUGGCCUAUGUCAUUUGGACACAUUCAGUGGAAUGUAUACACAUUCAUCAUUACAGGAUUAUCCAAGUAUUUCACAAAUUAAUCAAAAAGUGAAACAAAAUGCAAUUAAUGUUAUUUGGGCAGUGACACAGCGUGAAAUGAGUACUUAUUCAAGAUUAUGUUCACAUGUCGAAGGAUCAUCAGCUGGUGUUUUAUCAAACGAUUCCAGUAAUAUUGUCGAAUUAAUAAAAGAACAGUAUAAUCAAAUUAGAAGUACUGUGGAAAUUCGUGAUACAUCGGUGAGUGAAGCUGUGAAAAUUAAAUAUUGGUCGCAAUGUCUCAAUAAAAAUGGAGAACUCGUGGAAACAAUGAAAUGUGAUAAAUUACAAAAAGGAGAUAAAGUGGAAUUUAUCGCUGAAAUCACUGCCACUCAUUGUCCAAAAAAUCGAUCAGAAUGGAAUCAAACAUUUAUGAUUUAUCCGGUCGGCAUUAAUGAAUCAUUGAGAAUUAAUUUGGAAAUGAUUUGCGAUUGUGAUUGUGAAAGACCAGAUCACUCGACGUAUGAGAUAAAUUCACCAAAAUGUAGUUACAGUGGAACUUAUAAAUGUGGUAUUUGUGAAUGUAAUCCUCUCAGUUUUGGAAAGAGAUGCGAAUGCAAUACGGCGACAACUGAUCCCUAUAAUAUGCAAUCUUGUAAGCGUGAUAAUACAAGUUUAGUCGAUUGUUCAGGUAGAGGAGAAUGUACCUGUGGGAUAUGUGAAUGUAAUCGUCCCAGCGAUGAAUACGUGAGAAUAUGGGGUGAUUUUUGUGAAUGUGACAAUUUUUCUUGUGAUCGUCGUGAUAAUAAAUACUGUUCUGGAAAUGGUGACUGCGAUUGCAACGGAGUCUGUAAAUGUUAUCCGGGCUGGUCAGGAAAAGCCUGUGAAUGUAUAACAUCAACUGAUACCUGCAAGCGACCAGGAUCUAAUCUUAUAUGCUCAGGAAAAGGAGAUUGCGUUUGUGGACAAUGCGUGUGUCGUGUGGAGGAUGAUGUUCGAUAUUCGGGACCGUACUGUGAAAAAUGUCUUACAUGCAAGAAUCAAUGUGAAGAAUUGAAACCAUGCGUUAUGUGUCAAAUGAAUCAAACAGCCAAUAUCACGGCUGAGGAAUGUGCAAAAAAUUGCACAGACAUCAAUGUUGAGAUUGUGGAGAAAAUUGAUAAAACUCUCAUUGAGAAUGAUGAGACUAUUUGUUAUUUCAAAGGCGAUGAUGAUUGUACAUAUGUCUAUAUUUAUUAUUAUAAUGAAACAAAGUUGGUGAUUCAAUCGCAAAAGGAACCCGAUCAUUGUCCACCAGUGAUUUAUUUACUUGGAGUUGUUCUUGCUGUCGUGGCGGGUAUUGUAUUGACAGGCGUGGCAAUGCUGGCCACGUGGAAAGCUUUUGCAACAAUAAAAGAUAAACAGGAAUUCGCUAAAUUUGAGAAGGAGAGAAUGAUGGCCAAAUGGGAUGCGGGAGAAAAUCCAAUUUACAAACAAGCUACCUCAACAUUUAAAAAUCCAACUUACGCUGGAAGAUGAUCUUGAGGAAUUCGAAUUAGAAUUUGUGUGUGAAUGGUCUAACAUACAAAUUUACAUCAGUAUGGAAAAGAAUUCUAUAAAAAGUGGGAAUGCUACUAAGACUAUUGCAAAAAAAACCUCUAUUGUUUUUGCGAAUGUUUAUCAAUAUGAUUCAUUUUUUUAAAAAAGAUCAUUUUUUCAGAUUUAGUACCUAAUUUACAUUAUCGUUUCUUUAAUAUCAUCAAAAGUUAUAAAGAGCGAAUCAUAUAUUGACAAAUUUUAAUUCUCAUUGUUUAGCAUUUAUUAUUAGCAAAUUGUUGAUAAUAACUUGUGCAAUAAUUUAACGUAAUAUAGAAGAUAUUUUAAAAAGUCAGCAAUAACGCCGUAAUACUUAAAAAAAAGAGUGUGUGAUUUAAUACACUCCACUUUUUUUAGACUGAUUUGUAGGUGACAAACUAUUGAAAUUUGUAAAUAUUUUAAUUUAUUAAUAUACCUACUUAUUUGUUUUCUUAUCUUUUUGACAAUCGUUACUGUCAAUAACUAUUCUAAUAAAAUUAAACUAGUUUUUAUAAAAUAACAAUAUAUCAUAGGUUGCUUUGUAUUACUACGAGAAAAAUUGUGUAAUAAAGUUAUGUUUUUGUAAUUAAUAUA